ACUUGUCUGGCACCCCACCACUGCUCCCUCCACUCUCUCUUACUUACCUUUGCUUUGCCAUUAUUAUUAAUAACCAUCAACCCCAUCUUUCUCUCUCUCUCUCUUUACAAUUUCUUCUCUGCCUUGAAUUCUGAACUGGGUUGUUAACUAUGUUUCACACACAAGAAGACCCAAUUGUUGAUCCUUUUUCAUAUAAUGAAGCACCAAAGUAGUGGAUUCUGCAAAUUAGUGGUGGUGGCUGCAGGAUAGACAUCUCAGCUUCUGGCAGUAAGGUGGCAGCCGGGACGGUCUCUGCUAUUUCCAGUAUCGAUCAUAGAACCGAUCACCAAGUUCAUACAACAAUGAAAUCGUCGAAGCUUGAUCUUGAAGUGGAGGCCAUCUCUGAGAAUGAAUCUGACGAUGUUAACAGCCAAGAUGCUUCUAACAUCUCAAUCCGAGAAGCCAUCGUCGAUUCAUCCAAGGGCAGCGUCGCUGAUCCUAAUCACAGCACAGAUCCUGUGAGCUUUGAUCAGUUGAGCUCAGAAUCCGUCUCUCUUAACUUAUCUCUAAGCUUCAAAUUCGGCCAUGAUGAAUUAACGGGCAGGGAAUCUGGAGGAUUUUCGUUAUCCAGCACGAGUGAAAGCACCAACGAACCUGUAACCCAAAGCAUGGCAACAGUUACGCCAAGAUCGUUUUCUUGCAAUUUCUGUCAACGAAAAUUCUUCAGCUCACAGGCUCUUGGUGGCCACCAAAAUGCACAUAAACGUGAAAGAACGCUGGCAAAACGGGCAGUAAGAAUGGGCGUAAUUGCUGAGAGAUAUGCUAGUGUGGCUUCCCUCCCUUUGCACGGAUCAGCGUUCAAGUGCCUAGGAAUUAAAGCUCACUCUUCAGUGCACCAUGGAUUUGUGCCUCAGUUAAGGCCAACAGAAAUAAAAGCCAGCACAAGAUUUGAAAACGGCUACCUGUUUCAGCCCUUAUAUGUGGAGGAUGAAGAUACUGAGCUGCUAUGGCCAGGUAGCUUUCAUCAGGCCGCUACAGCUAACAUUGUCAAGGAAACACCACCAUUUAACAGAGAUUCAACGCCUGAUCUCACUCUCAGACUUUGAGAGCUUCGUAUGAUGCAGAUGUGCUCGUUAGGGUAGUUGAUUUCUAUAC